AUGCCGAAGAAGGCCUCUCUGGAAGCUGUCAAGCUCCCCGAGCGCGCAACGCUCUACACGAUAGACUCAACCCCCCUCUUCUUCCAGCGCUUCGACGAUCCACCAAUCCCCCACCUCCGCCUCAUCCACGCCUACCCCUCGGCCCUCCCCACCAUCCAAAUCGACCGCGGCGCCAUCCGCUUCGUGCUCUCCGGCGCUGCUCUCAUGGCCCCCGGCUUGACCUCCCCCGGUGGCCGCCUGCCGGACGCAGAGCAUGCCCUCGAGACUGGACAGGUCGUUGCUGUCAAGGCUGAGGGCAAGGAGGAGGUUUGCCUUGUCGGUGCGCUGAAAAUGGGCACGGAAGAGAUGAAGAGUAAGGGCAAGGGCGUUGUUAUAGACGAGGGGCAUUAUCUGGGUGAUGGGCUUUGGAAGAUGCAGUUGGACUAG